AUGAGUUCUAUCGAAGAGAAGAAAUCCGAUGGCGGAUUGAAUGCUACUGUCGAUUUUGAGCACGGUCGGACCCAGCUUGGAACUCAUGAUGAUGUACAGAACCUCACAGUGCUCGGCUACAAGCCAGAACUACAUCGCAAUCGGUCGAUGUUCACAUUACUGUUCCAAUCCCUAGCAAUCGCUGCUAUACCUUAUGGAUUUGGUGGUCCGUUGAUUAGUGCUAUCUAUGGAGGUGGACAAUUACCAAUGUUCUUGGGUUGGAUCGUAAACUUGAUUCUUGCCGAAUGCAUCGCUCUUUCGCUUAGUGAAUUGGCUUCCAGAUGGUACGUAUAUGAAUAUGACUUCUUUAUUCCAACUCAUUCCUCAGACUUGCCUAUGACUGACACUCGCACAACAUUAGACCCGACAUCAGCAGGGCCAUAUUACUGGUCUUUCCAACUCGCCAGCCCAAGAUAUCGCACUCUUCUAUCCUUCAUCUCCGGUUGGACAUGGCUCAUCGGCAAUUGGACGAUUACUCUAUCCGUCAACUUCGGUUUCGCAUCCAUGCUCGCUGCAGCCGUAUCUCUCUUUGAACCUGACUUGACCUUGGAGGCUUGGCAACUGCUCUUGAUCUUCUAUGCUAUAUGCGUCCUCACAUUCUUCAUAGCAGCAUUCGGAAACAAGAUUCUGCCUCUAGUUGAUACGUUCUGCGCGAUAUUCACUGCUAUUAGUAUCUUGGUUACUUGCAUCUGCCUCUCUGUGAAGGCGGAUGUUGGGAGACACUCUCCGAAUUACACUCUGGGACACUAUGAUACAUCCCUUUCUGGUUGGAAUGGGUUUUCAUUCUGGAUCGGUAUCCUACCCUCAGCUUACACGUUUUCCGCCCUCGGAAUGAUCUCGUCGAUGGCAGAAGAAUGCGGUGAUCCCACUAUAAAAUUACCGAACGCCAUAUCCCUUUGCGUACCAGUUGGCGGUAUUGCGGGGUUGUUCUUCAUCAUCCCAAUAUGCGCUACACUUCCGGAUUUAACGGACAUACUCGACGCACCUGUAGGUCAAGCACUACCAUACAUAUUCGGUAGAGUGAUGGGAACCCCUGGAGGCGGCCUCGCUCUAACGGUACUCGUCCUGGUCAUCACUCUCUUCUGCUCCAUCUCCAUCACCGUCGCUGCCUCACGAUGUACCUGGGCUUUCGCGCGGGAUAACGCGAUCCCACUCGCCCACAUCUGGUCCAAGAUUGACAAGCGUCACGGCACACCCAUAUUGGCACUAGCCCUCACGACCCUCAUCGAGAUGCUCCUUGGUCUAAUCAAUUUGGGUUCUUCGUCGGCUUUCCUCGCCUUCGUAUCGGUGGGUGUUAUCUCUCUUGCCGUGUCAUACGGUAUACCGAUCGUGAUAUCGCUGUUCCACACCCGGAAGGAAGUCAAUAGUGCGAGAUGGACUAUGGGGAAGUAUUUGGGCUUGAUAGUGAACCUCCUCGCUGUCGCGUGGAUCGCGUUUGAAGUGGUCUUGUUCUCCAUGCCUACUGCGUUGCCGGUGACGGAGGCUAGCAUGAAUUAUGCUAUCGUGGUCUUUCUUGGGUUUAUGAUGCUUAGUGCGAUAUGGUAUGGGGUUUAUGCUCGCAAGGUUUAUCGAGGACCCCCGGAAUCCGAUGGACUUACCGUCGAUUCUUAA